AUGGGCUUAUCAACUAUGUUCAGAAAGGCAAAGCCGGCUAUACAGCUGGAGCAUCGGUCUGCAGAGGAAAAGGCAUUGGUCAGAAGGCUUGAUAUGUUUCUUCUUACUUUUGGAUGCAUCAGUCAAGUCAUCAAUGGAAUGAAAGAGGACCUAAAUCUCUACGGAAACGAACUCAACUACUUCACCACAUAUUUCAACAUUGCCUACUGCCUCAUGCUCAUUCCCUCACAAGCAAUCAUGACCUACGUCAGGCCAAGCUACUGGCUCACCGGUCUAGAGAUCACCUGGGGUGUUAUCACAGGCCUGAUGGCACUAACCAAGAACGCAAAGCAAGUCUAUGUCCUACGAGUCUUUCUCGGGCUCUGCGAAAGCAGCGCGUGGCCUGGCAUGAUGACUUUACUCAUGCAUUGGUAUACACCUAUGGAGCUCGCGAAGAGAAUGGGCUUCUACCAUUCUUGUCAGACGUUGGGCUAUAUGAUGUCUGGUGCGUUACAGGCUGCUAUCAUAGCUACGUUGAAAGGCAAAGGGCUAUCUGGUUGGCGAUGGCUGUUUGUCAUCAAUGCAAUCAUGACAGUAGUAUGGGGCGUCUUGGGCUUCUUCAUGUUGCCAGAUGUGCCCAACAACCCUAAUCCCAGGGCUUUCUGGUUCAAGAAGGUAGAUGCCGAACUUGCUAUGGAACGUCUCGCCCGACAUGGUAGAGCAGAACCGAAGAAGUUGUCCUGGGCAGGUACUAAACGUGCCUUCUCCGGCUGGACGUUGUACUUCAUCGCUGCCUUGUACAUCGCCACUGUUCACGCUCAAGGAGGCUAUCAAUACUUCAACCUCUUCCUGAAAGCUCUCAAGAACCCUGACGGCUCAAAACGCUGGUAUGUAAACUACGAUUUGUAA